GUUUGAAAGUGAGCGCGGGCGUCGUGCUCCGCUGUGACGGCGGAGUAGGCUUCCAGCAAGCGGAGCCUGAGGCGGGGCGGUGUCCGGGUCGGGGAUGCUUUGUCGCGUCUUCCGCACGGUAACAGGCGCGGACUUUUGGUGGAGAGUUGUGGACGUGUGCGUUUUUAUCUCUUUUGGUCGCAUUUUAUUCUUCGGAAUGAUGGAUUUCCUUUUGGAGAUAAGAACGGAAGUGUUUGCGGAAGUAAUGAUAUUGAGAGAAAUGAAUAGAAAUAACCCAUUUUGAGGAAGCCAUGGCAAAGUCAAUUACAAAACACAGAGUUUGUUCUCGGCAAUCUUCAGUAUCUUCUCUGUUAGCAAGCUGCAGCCUGAGUGGUAGUAAUUCCUCUAAAUCUGAUGGCUCUUUUCAGUAUAAGGAUAAACUGUAUAGUUCUGCCUCUCAGGCUCUACAGGCCUAUAUUGAUGAUUUUGAUUUAAGCCAAAUGUAUCCUGGUGCAAGCACUGGAAAGAUUAACAUUGAUAGAUGUUCUGCUAAUAUGCCCGAAUUCUCCAAUUAUAUUUAUAAACCAAACAAUGCUUUUGAAAAUCUUGAUCCCAAAAAAAGCUUCUCAUCCUUACCGUGUAGAAGAAUGACUGUUAAUGACAUAGACUGCAUUAGCCUAACAACUGAUGAUCUAUUAAAACUUCCAGCAGAUGGGUCAUUUUCUUUAACUUGCAUUGGAUCAAGUCACCGAAAUAGCAAGAAAAACAAGAAAUGCAUUCGAAGACUAAGCUAUUUGGAUACUGAAAAGAAUCAAAAUUUUCAAGAACCUUCCACUCCCAUGUGCAAAGAUAACUUAGUUACUCCUGUUGUACACAUAAAUAAAAAUGGAAAGCAACGUGGUAGGCUAAAAAACCCAAAACUUGUGAAUAAGACUAAUAAGUACGUUUCUGAUCCAUCUUUAUCAUUUUCCAAGAAGUUGUCUUUCAAAGACAGUUCAGAACACAAACUUGAAAAGAAUUACCCAAGAUGGCUCACUAGCCAGAAAUCUGACCUUAAUGUUUCAGGGAUAACUAGUCUACCUGAUUUCACAUACCCAGUCUGGCUCCACCAUCAAGACUUGCUACCUGAUACAAAUAGUCAAAAAAGGAUUUCUAAAAUAUUUAAAGAAGAUCAGUGUUCCCUUAGACAUAGUUACCAGGCACAAAGAACUUCUCGACUUAUGAAUAAAUUAGAUAGUUUUGAAUAUUCUUUUGAACCCUCAAACAUUUCAGACUCCUUGAGUACUGAUAAAGGAUUAGUUAAUGAAUAUAAAUGUGAUUCUGAACAUAGCCAGUGUCAGUGUGAGAAUCCACUUCUCCCAGGACAAACCAAAAAGCCAUUCAGUGGUGACAAAAUUGAAUUGCUUAUCCUGAAGGCCAAGAGAAAUCUAGAGCAUUGUACUAAAGAGUUACAGAAGUCUACAAAAAAGGAUGAUAGUCCUUGUUCAUUAGAUAAACUUGAAGCAGAAAGAUCAUGGGAAAAUAUUCCUGUUACUUUCAAAUCUCCUGUUCCUGUUAACUCUGAUGAUAGUCCUCAACAAACUUCAAGGGCAAAGUGUGCUAAAGGGUUCCUUGAUGAUUUUUUAAAUAAUGAUAAUCAGAGCUGUACCCUUUCUGGAGGGAAACAUCAUGGUCCUGUUGAAGCCCUGAAACAAAUGUUAUUUAAUCUUCAAGCAGUACAAGAAAGUUUUAAUCAGCAUAAAACAGCAGAACUGGAAGAGGAGAUUAAGCAAGUUUCAGAAGAUAAUUUCUCUAAAUUACAGUUGAAAGAAAGUAUGCUUCCUAUUACUAGAUCACUUCAAAAGGCUUUGCACCAUUUAUCUCGCCUGAGAGACCUGGUUGAUGAUACCAGUGGGAAACAGUCACCGAAAAUGUGAAGAGGAAAAUAAAACGGUCCAACAAAUAAAUAGUCAUCACAGAACAAAGAUGUAUUUUUUUUUCCUGUUGCUUAAACUGACAAAGAAAAUUAUAAGCUAUGCAUUAUUCUGUGAUUGGUUCAAGUAUUAUAUAUUCUUUAAAAAACAAACUUGAAAAUGUAUGUAGGUUUUGUGACCUAUCCUCAUUUUAUGCCAAAAUACCAGAAUGUGAACUGAGAGGACCCACACUGUGUCCUACAGUCUGACUUUGGUCUUCAGGCCAGCAAAUGUCCAAUAUUCAAAGAUGGAUGAUGUCUGUUAUUGAAGCUUAAUGUGGACUUAAUCUUCUCGAGCAUCCUCAUCAUUUUAUCUUCUGGUUCUGGGUUAUUAGGAAACUCUUCCUGGUUUCUAUCCAAAAUCUCUUAAGUAGACUUUUUGAUACAAGUAGCAUCUACUUUUAAGUUGGCUAAAGGAAUAUCAAAAUUGUUAUGGUGUAACUUCUCCAUAUAUGUUACCUUUAAUUUUUAUAAAUAUUUUAAGGUAUGUGGUAUAUGCAAAUAACAGUUUAAUAAUGGGAUGAUACAGUGCUAAAAGGAAUGUUUUAUGUUGUGAAAUCCAAAAGAAAAACUCAUUUAACUAAUGC